ACCCGCCCCUCGUCCCCAUUGGGUUAACCCGUCAAACGCCUCCAUGGAGUGAGUGUUGAUUGGCUUCUCUGCUGUCACUCAGUACAGGUCCCGUAAUUGAUUGGCUGAGGCUGGGGUCCAUCAGCGUCUUGCGGCCCAGUGGGUUGGUGAAUUUUUUGCCGGAGGGAGUCAGGGAAGAGGCCCCCGGCCGUGACUCUCACUAUCCCCAUUCCCCAUUCCAGUCCGGCGUUGCUGGAGGAGCCCAUGUGUUCGAGUCGAUGAGGGGAGUCGGACCCGGGAAGGAGCCUCUGGAGCCGGGCCUGGGCCAGACCAUGAGCCCCAGCCUGGAGGUGAAGGUCGCCUCCCUGUUCCUGCUGCUGGUGCUGACCGUCCUGAGCGGCCUGCUGCCCCUCUGCGUGUUUCGGAGAGCGGCCGGAGGUUCCGGGAGCGCAGGUCAGCGACGAAUUCUCAGUCUCUUCAGUUGCUUGGCGGGUGGUGUAUUCCUAGCCACAUGCCUGUUGGAUUUGCUUCCAGAUUUUCUGUCUGACAUGGCUGCAGUGCUGGACAAGAUGAAAAUCACACUGCAGUUCCCCCUGCCGCUCUUUAUCGUGGUCAUGGGCUUCUUCCUGGUGCUGAUCAUGGAGCAGAUUGUGUUGGCGUGCCGCGACCAAUCGAGUAACCUUGAGGAGACCCAGUCGCUGCUGGGCAGGUCGGCCAGCGGGAACCUACACACUCAGCACCACCUCAGCUCGGGCGAGAGUGGAGCUCAGUGGGAAGAAUCUGGGCCCCACCUCCAUGUGGACUUCAACUCGCACUCUGCCAUCCGCUGCCUGGUUCUGGUGCUGGCGCUGGCCCUGCACUCUGUCUUUGAGGGGUUGGCAGUGGGGCUACAGGAGGCCAGUUCCAAGGUAGUGGAGACCUGCAUCGCCCUGUCAGUCCACAAGUGUAUCAUCGCCUUCAGCCUGACGUUGAAACUGGUGCAGAGUCGGCUGAAGUGGACGGUGGUUGUCAGCUGUGUGCUGGUCUUUGCUGUCAUGUCCCCCCUGGGGGUUGGUGUGGGUAUUGCCGUGACGGAGGACUCCAGCCACCAGCUGGUUCGAUGUGUGCUGGAGGGAGUGGCCACUGGAACGUUCAUCUACGUAACUUUCAUGGAAAUCCUGCCUCACGAACUCAACUCACCCCACCAGCGGCUGUGCAAAGUCAUCCUGUUGAUCCUGGGCUUUGCGUUAGUCACCGGGGUCCUUUUCAUUCCGGUGUAAACGCAAUGGUCCCACCACAGUCAGCUCUAGCUCUGUUCGAAUGACCCUUACAAUCUUCCCUACAGCUCCAUUCCAGUUACCUUUACAGCAAUACGGACCCAUUCAUUCAUUCGUUCAUUUGAUGCAAUUGUGUCUGAACUCACCGCAUGUCUCUACCUUGGCUGUUUCUGUCUUAAUAUCCUGGGCGAGCAAAACUGAUCCAAUUUUCAAAUGUGUGUUUGAGCUGGCCUCUUCAGCUCUUCGAAGGUUGUGCCACGCUUUAACCCUUCUGUAUUUCCUCCACUGCUCCUCCCCGUGUUUCACAUUCUGCCUCCUUCUCCUAUGCUGUAUCACCCAGUAGGGUAUGUUUCUCUCCAUCUACCCUAUCAGUUCCUUUUCAAAACCCUCAAUCAAUCCUUAACCUCCCUCAGUGUUAGGUUUAAAUUCCAGUGUCCCUUGUGCAAGUGAAUUUUUUUGCCUAACUCACGCCCAUGCUGGAAGCGUAAUGUCAGAGGGACCAGCUCCUUCCAGACUGACAGUCAACUUGAGGAAUCGCAGGCUGCUGCUGGGGGUGAGCCUGAAUUUUCAAAAACUGCCUGUUGUCAAGUGGCUAAAGUUUUAGUGUACAGAGUCAGUACCGAGUGGAGCUGGGUACAUUUUAACCAUGGCACCUGGGCUGACAAAUGGCAUGCCGUUUGCACUUAGGAAUAACGGCCUGUCUCGGGUGAGUCCUACGUUGACAGGAGGACCGCAGAUCAGAGCAUUGAAUGAAAUAAUGUGACUGGGGGAAAGAGGAGACUGUCACUGGCCUAUCUCCAGGGUUGGUGGGGGUGGGUGGGAAGAGACAAGCCAGAUUGAUCUCAUUAUUCUGUGAUUGAUAAAUGAGUUUGCUCUGGAUUAGUUCACUGUUAAUUGUUUAAACUGAACUGAGAAUGGGCAAAGGUGGUUGGAAAACAGUUUUUUUUAAAAUACACUCUCUUUUCUGAAAAAAAUUACUGUUUCCUCUUUUUGGAAAAUAAUCACUUUUUUUAACGUUUGAUUACUAAAACAGAUUAUACACUUAGGAGCCUACUUCAAUGUUGUUUAAUUGCUUAAAACCUAGAUUCUAACACCUGUUAAUAUGCUUUAUAUUUAAGCUGUUCAUGUACAUGUUGCUGUUCUUAAUUGUCCACGGGCCCUGUGUUAGAGAGACGGGAAAUCAGCCAGGGUCCCUGCUCCUGGUCACUGUCCAUGGACCCCUAUAUUAGAGAGAGGGCGAGGGGGGAGAUCAGCCAGGGUUCCGGUUCCUGUUCCUGGUCACUGUUUGCAAUUUGAUGUUGACAACAUCUUUCUGGCUUUUAGGAGACCUGGACACUCCUCAUUGUGGACUGAGAAACAACUGUCAUUGAUCCCUGAGUGGAAAUACCUGUAGUUUUCCUCUCCAUCAAACAAUACAAACCUUUUAGUUUCAAACUACUUGGUCAGGUUCACUAUCUGGCAAAUGUUAGCACAGUUCACAAGUCCCUCUUGUCAUUUGCCUUCACUUUUUAAAAUUUCAAAUCCCAACUACAACACUAAUACAAACCAAAAGCUGUUGUCCUAUAACCUGUUUAUUUAAAUCUCUCCAUUUUAACAAUAGUUUCACUGACCUUUCCUUCCGUGUGCAGACCCCUCACUGAUUUACCUAUUGAGGGCUUGACUGUCUGUUCACAUCCUGCACAUACAACUUUAUUUCAUUAAUUCUUCCUUAUCAAACUUUUCCGUUCACUGUCUGGUUCCCUGCCACGUGAUCAUCCUUUGUAAGGGGAGGAAAGGCCCAGUUUUCAUCCCCAGAACUGAGGAUACAGCCUGGUGAAACCAGAUUGUGGCACUUGCUCACCCUGUCUCUGGAUGUUUCUGCUCCUUGUUUGGAGAUUGGAAUUCUCUGUUCCCUGUUGGUUAAUAAUUCUGCCAACUGGUCAUUUAGCCUACCUCCUGGAAUCUUAAGCUGAUUUCUGUUUAAAACCACAUGUCUAAAUAAUGUUUAAAUGAAACAAAGAUUCAGCUUUAUAUUUGCCAGAAUUGAAUACAUCCAUUUCUGCUUUUAGUCGUGAUUUCAUAGCUAGUUUUUGUAUGAAUGUAGCACAAUUUUGUGUGGUUUUUAAGAAGAAAUAAAAGUCUUCAGAAA